AUGUUCGGACCAUCGAUUGGUUCAUUGAAUGUUCUUAUUGCUGGUACGCAACGAUUACUAUGGACGAAGAGUGGUAAUCUCGGUAAUCGAUGGCGCUAUGGACAUGUAACUGUACGUAAUGAUGAUCAAUAUCAAAUAGCAUUCGAAGGUGUUGUCGGCUCAAGUUUUCAAGGUGAUAUUGCUGUUGAUGAUAUUUCUCUAGCAAAUGGUCCAUGUGAAGAAGAAGGAAGUUGCAAUUUUGAAGACGGUACUUUUUGUGGAUUUUACAAUCCUAAAGAUGAAGACAAUUUUGAUUGGGCACUCAAUCAAGGUGGUACAAUAUCAUUCGAUACAGGACCCACUGUCGAUCAUACAACGGGAACAAGUGUUGGUUAUUAUGCUUAUAUUGAAUCAUCGUUUCCACAAAAUCACGGAGAUAAAGCAUGGCUCGUUAGUGAAAUUCUUGAAUCACCAAAAGGUGCUUGUCUUGACUUUUGGUAUCAUAUGAAAGGCAAUACAACUGGCAAUAUGAGUGUUUAUCAUCGAGUCUUAGAUGCAAAACCGACAUCAUUAUGGUUUAAAGAAGUAGAGUGUGGGUGUGGGUGUCUGAACAAAAAUACCCUCACAUUCACACCCACACCCUACGUGAUCGCCAAAUACGAACAUCACCACCUGUAG